CGAGCGGCCGGCCGGCUGGGCCCCGGAAAGUGCCUGGGGUGGGGCUUGGCUGAGGGAAGGGUCGCUCGGAAGACUCGGGGCGAGGUUUUUUUUCCCCCCCUCCCCGCCGGGCGGGGAGAGCGGAACAACCCGUGGCCAAAGGCCCCAUCUUCGAGGUGUGGGGCCGGAGAGGAGGGCGAAGGCUUCUUUGCCUCAGAAGCGGUGUGGAUAAGAGAACUGAGCAAUGAAUAAAUUACGGCAGAGCUUUAGGAGAAAGAAAGACGUCUAUGUCCCUGAAGCCAGUAGGCCGCACCAGUGGCAGACAGAUGAAGAAGGGGUCCGGACUGGGAAAUGCAGCUUCCCAGUUAAGUAUCUUGGACAUGUUGAAGUGGAUGAAUCUAGAGGAAUGCAUAUAUGUGAAGAUGCUGUGAAAAGACUGAAAGCUGAAAGGAAGUUCUUCAAAGGCUUCUUUGGAAAAAGUGGAAAGAAGGCAGUUAAAGCAGUCUUGUGGGUUUCAGCGGAUGGACUCAGAGUGGUUGAUGAAAAAACAAAGGACCUUAUAGUUGAUCAGACAAUAGAGAAGGUUUCCUUCUGUGCUCCAGAUAGGAAUUUUGACAGAGCAUUCUCUUAUAUCUGUCGAGAUGGCACAACACGACGCUGGAUAUGUCAUUGCUUUAUGGCUGUAAAGGACACGGGAGAAAGGUUGAGUCAUGCAGUUGGCUGUGCAUUUGCAGCUUGCCUGGAGCGAAAGCAAAAGAGAGAGAAAGAGUGUGGAGUGACUGCUACCUUUGAUGCCAGUAGAACCACAUUCACAAGAGAGGGAUCUUUCAGGGUUACUACAGCAACUGAACAAGCAGAAAGAGAGGAAGUCAUGAGACAGACACAAGACACUAAAGUUGAAACAGAUGUGAAAACAGUUGCUUCAAGUGUUGUACCCGGCAAUACAGCCCCAUCCCCAAGUUCCCCAACCUCUCCUUCUGCUGAUGCUCUUGCCUCGGUUGACAAAGAAUCAAAUAAUCCUCAUGCCAUCCCACGAAGACAUGCCCCUAUAGAGCAACUUGCCAGGCAAGGCUCCUUCAGAGGUUUCCCUGCUCUUAGCCAGAAGAUGUCCCCAUUUAAACGCCAGCUCUCUCUGCGAAUUAAUGAGUUGCCUUCAACAGUGCAGAGGAAGACUGACUUCCCCAUGAAAAACUCUGUUCCUGAAGUUGAAGGAGAGGUGGAUAGCAUUAGUUCCCUAUGCUCCCAGAUUACAAAUGCAUUUAGCACGCCAUCAGAGGACCCUUUCUCCUCUGCCCCUAUGACAAAACCAGUCACUACGGUUGCACCGCAGUCUCCUGCUUUCCAAGUUAAUGGCACUGCCUCUGCCUUCAAUGUGCUUGCUGCUAAACCAGCUCAAACUACUGUAGCACCCACAGCAAUACCAGUUCGUGAAACCAAUCCUUGGGCUCAUGCCCCUGCUGCUCCAGCUGCCGCUAAAACUGGAGCUGUAGCUGCUCUUUCUGGUACUGAAUGGAAUGCUAACUCAGGAGCUGCCUCACCAAAUCUGUUCCAAGCAAACCAUAGGCGCACUCCUUCAGAGGCAGAUCGUUGGCUGGAAGAGGUGUCCAAAACUGUCCGGUCGCAGCAGCCACAACCACAACCUCCAGCUGUUCAGCCACUCCUCCAACCUCCGGCUACAGUUUCUCAGGCAGCACCAACUUUCCCAGUCAAUACCUUCAUUACACCUCAACCAGUGCCUGUUGGUGUUGUACAACCCAUGCAGCCUGCAUUUCUCCCAGCUCAGCAAUAUGCUGUAGCAAACGGCAUGCCCUACUCGGCUCCCAGUGUGCCGGUGGUUGGAAUUACCCCUUCCCAGAUGGUAGCUAAUGUCUUUGGCACUGCAGGCCACACUCAAGUAUCCCACUCUCAACAGUCACCUAGUCUUAUAAAGCAACAAACAUUCCCUCAGUAUGAAACUAACAGUGCUACUGCCAGCCCUUUCUUUAAACCUCCUGCCCAACAGCUCAAUGGCUCAGCUGCUUUCAAUGGUGUGGACAGUGCCAAAUGGCCCAUGGAGGACAAGCAAGUAUUGCCACCUGUACCUGGCCAACAGGUUGAUCCAUUUGAAGCACAGUGGGCUGCACUGGAGAACAAAUCAAAGCAGCGCACUAACCCAUCCCCAACUAAUCCUUUUUCAAGCGAAUUACAGAAGACUUUUGAGAUUGAACUUUAAGCAACCCUCUGGCUUGUACUUAGUCUGUAUGUCUGUGUGUUGGGAGUGGAUGUAUGGAAAAACAAGGCAGAGGGGACUUACAGGCAGUGCUGUCAGUGCUGAUGUCCCAAGGGAAUUGGAGUGAGCAUGCAGAGAGGGAACAAUCAUGGGUGGGGGGAGGGGAGAGAUUCCCAGAUCCAGAGCAAUAGGGAAACAAUCUAGGAAAUGUAACCUGUACCACCUGCCUUCUUUCCUGGGAACUUGAGUGGCAAAGGAAACUUCAAAAGGGCUGAAGAUGGGAAGUUAACCCUGAAGCCCUUUUUCCACAAGAACUUCAGAAGACUUCAUAAGACAAUGAAAAUGAUGUAACUAUCUUUAUAGUGUAUCUGUAUUUCCUGUGAAUGACCUAUUCCCCUGUGAGGAAGAACAGAGUAAUGGGGAUAGUGGCACAGUUGCAAAGGGGCUGAAGGGAAAAUGUGAGAGCUGCUCAGCAUAUGUUGUCCAUGGAAAAGGAUGAGCUUCCAUUUUGAGUAAUACAAUGAUUAUUAUAUAUAAAAUAAAGCCAAAAUCUUUAUUUUUAUGCAUUUUAGAUUAUUUUAAAUAGUUCUAGAUAUUAAAAGCUGACUGAGUUGUAAGUAAUCUUGCCAAAGUUAUAAAAGGGGACUGGAUGUAAAAUUGUACAUAAGAUUGAUUUAUUACUGAUUCUGAUGGUCAGUAGCAAUGGAGUAGGUGGGAAGCAGAGUUCUUAGUUUGUUCUUGUAUGUUCAUUGUAAGUAGCAUACUGCAACAACAAUCAUGAAUCAUGACCAAUAAAAAGAAUCACUGUAGAGUAGUUUUCGAGCAGUAUUGUCUUGGUUUGAAAACAUUUGGUAAAUUCUUUCUUUAUUAAAAAGAGAUCAACCUAGAUGUAAGAGUAUACAUAGGUUCUUUCAUGUACCACUGCAGUUUUCUUUGUCUUAAAUCUCUUUUAACAAUACUGUGACAAAUGUAAUCAAAUGUACAAUCAGAUCUAUUUCCAAACCCAUUUUAUGUGCAUUAAAUAGAUUUCAGAUUUUUUAAAAAGCCUUUCUCCUCAUUGUUCUAUGUGAAAGCUUGUAGCUAGACUGCAGCUGUUCCAAUAUUCUUCCUCUGAUAAACCAUGAAAUCCAUCUCAUUUUUUAUUUUACUCUUAAAACCUGGCCUUACAAGCAAAUGUAAGUUAUAUAUUUGUACUGAUGAUUUAUAAUCUGCUUUAACAGAAAUAAAUGUUGGUAGUAGUUGUGGCUUUCUCAGAAGGCAUCCUUGUCCUUUUCCUGAUUUCUGCUCUUCUUUGAACUUAGAGUCAUCUAGUACAUGUUUGAUAAAUCUGUUGUAGAACAUAUGCUCCUAUUUGCAUUUUGUAAGAUGAAUGUUGCUUAAAGCAAGAAUUCAGACCUUUAGAACUUACCUGCCCUUAUUAACAUUUUUGAGUGCUGUGAAUGAUCUUUCUAAAACCCUUUUCAGAUGUUCAAUAAAAAGGUUAGAUUCCUAACUUGUGGGUAGAGGAAACAGGUUAGCCCUGUCUCUGAAGCAUCAACAUGUUUGGAAACCCUGAAAAAUCAGGACUUCUUAUCAUGUGGAAGUGUUGAAUGGGACUGUUGGCAAUAUCUAAAACUGAGGGAAGAUAUGAUAGCACUUCUCAAAUACUUGAAAGAUUGUCAUAUAGAGGAAGGGCAGGUUCUGUUCUUGAUCAACUCAGAAUGCAGCAGACGUAAUAAUGGGCUCAAGUUACAAGAAGCUAGAUUUUGGCUGAAUAUCAGGAAAAACUUCCAAAGUGUUAGAGCAGAACAACAUUGGAACCAAUUACCUCGGGAGGUAGUGAGUGUUCCCCAGAGGCAUUCA